CUCGAUCUUCCCUCUCCACUCUCGAAAAAUACUCUGCCUUUUGAGUUUUACCUAGGGUUUUUUUAUUCCUUUCAAUUUCUCCUAUAAUCAUCCAUCAAUCAAUGGCAGCCUGCUCAUCAGCAUCAGCAUCAGCCUCAACAGCAACAUCUGCUGAGAAGAAGAUGUUGAUCUUAAAAUCCAGAGACGGCGACGAAUUUCAGUUAGAAGAAAACGCCGCCGUUCAAGCGAUAACCAUUAAAAACAUGGUGGAGGACGAUUACACUCUCAUUCCGCUCCCAAACGUCGAUACCAAAAACCUAACCAAAAUUACAGAGUACCUGAAGAUGCACGCCGAUGAGCAGACGGAGUCGAACGAAGAAGAAAUCAAAAAUUUCGACAAGGAAUUCGUUAACGCUACCUAUCAAGACCUGUUUGAACUUGUAUUAGCUGCUAAUUACCUUGAUAUUAAGGGUUUGAUGGAUCUGUUGUGUCAAGCGAUUGCUGAUAGGAUUAAGAACAAGUCGUAUAAAGCUGUGAGGAAGAUUUUCAAUAUCACUAAUGAUUACACUCCAGAGGAAGAAGAAGAGGUUAGGAAGGAACAUGAAUGGGCACAUGAAGGUGUAGAAUGGGACGAAUCUACUGAUUAGGUUUUGUUUAUGUUUUUUGUUUUUAGGGGUUUUAAAUUAAUUAGUUUCUGGAAACUUCUCUCGGAUUAUUGUGGUUUUAAGUUAAGAUUCACUGAUCUAUGUGUUUUGAUAUUUUUCCGUAUUUUCAGAGUUGCAAUUCUGGAUUCGUAAUUACUCCGCUAGAUAAUUGUAGUAUUGAAAUUCCAAUUCAUAUAUCAUCAAUUUUACUCUAAUGACCAGAAAGUGAUA